AUGUUGAUGGAAAAGUCUAUUUUCUAUGGGUUAGCUGCGUGUACAUGUUUGCUGUUAUUCUUUGUGUACCAUUUCAACGCUAAAUAUGUACUUCAUCCCGUCCUUACUUUGGGAUUGUUGAAUGCGACUUUGGGAUCUAUAUCGGAUUUGGUAGCGCAGGCCGUAGACUCUUACAAGUCAAUAGAGUUCCAAAAGAAACGUGACAUAACGUUGGAAAAAUACGGAAACUCAAUCCUUUUACCUGCGAAAACGGCUAAACUAGACGCCUACCGGACAGUCCGUUAUGCUUUCUAUGGUUUGUGUCUUACACCAGUCCAGUAUUAUUGGUUUGCAAGUUUGAAGAACGUGGUACGAGGAGAAAAUGAAUUUUUCUGCAAUCUGUUCCGAGUAGCUAUUGAUCAGCUGGUAUUUGCCCCGAUUGGUCUUGGGUCUUUCUUUCUAUUUAUGGGCAUUACCGAAUGCAAGUCGACAGAGAAAAUUAAGACAUUUUUUAAAAGAAACUAUUAUCCCACUUUAAAGGCAAACUACAUUUUAUGGCCAGCCGCACAGUUUAUUAACUUUAACUUUAUCCCUUUUGUUUUUCAAGUUAUAUUUGUGAAUGCAAUGGCUAUGGUCUGGAUGACAUAUCUGAGUUUGAAAAACAGUUCUUCUAGUCUAAGUUAA